CCUUCAGGUUGCAUCAGCUCUGCCUGUUCGCCAUGCGGAGAAGCAAGCGCCACCACAAUAUAUCAGAUAUACACCCAGUCAACAGAGCUCUUUGCAUGCAGGAGGUUCGCAGCAACGAAUCAUUCGAAUGGUCGAGGAGCAAAAAGACCCUAUGGAACCACCAAAAAUCAAUCAAAAAAUUCCAAGAGCACCUCCGUCACCGCCGGCACCAGUGAUGCACAGCCCUCCGCGGAAGCAUGAAUCUAUUGCAAUCGUACCGGUACAUCCAGUUAGACGACUUCUAAGCACUAAGCUUAAUUUGCGGUUUUCCGAGCAGGAUUACGUCGAAGUGACGACGAAAGACCAGAAUGACUGGAAAAUACCACCAUGCAUUUCUAACUGGAAAAAUCCUAAAGGUUUUACCGUGUCACUGGACAAGAGAUUGGCAGCUGAUGGUCGAGGAUUGCAGCAGACUCAUAUCAAUGAAGGUUUUGCAAAGUUAUCAGAAGCAUUGUACAUUGCUGACAGGAAAGCAAGAGAAUCAGUGGAAGCAAGAGCACAACUUGAAAAGAGAGUGGCUCAACAUAAGAAACUUGAACAAGAGGCGCGAAUGCGCGAAAUGGCAGCCAAAGCCCGACAGGAGCGUGCCGGUAUAAGAAAGAAGGGUGAGGACGAAGACGAGGCUGUAAAGGCUAGAGAAGAGAUCAGACGAGAUCGCCUGGAUGAUAUACGCAAAGAGAGGAAUAUCGCACGAAAUCGCCCUGAUAAAGUGGACAAACUCAUG